AUCAAGUGCAGACAGAUCACUUACCUCCGCGCUCGGCCGAGUCCAUCGCGCAACGUGCGUCUGGGCAGUCGCGUCGUGUAAAUAACAAUGGGUUUCAUAGUGAAAGCAGUGUUGGUUGCUGCACUAGGUGUGGCAGCGUGGUACUACUUCAUAGGUUGCUGUCCAAAGACUAUUCCAAAGCUGGACAACAAUGAAUGGUGGGGUCCUAAAGAACUAGUCGGCAAACAGGACAGUGCUAUCAGGCCAUUUAAAGUCAAGUUUGAUGAAGCGAUGAUAAAAGACCUAAAACUGCGCUUGAAGAACCACCGUGCGUUCCGACCGCCACUAGAGGGCGUUGGUUUCGAAUAUGGCUUCAACACAGCACAAAUGGACAGCUGGAUUAACUAUUGGGCUGAUAAGUACAACUUUAGUGAAAGAGAGGCCUUCCUUAACAAGUUCCCUCAUUUCAAGACUAACAUCCAAGGUCUGGACAUCCAUUUCAUCAGAGUAAAACCUGAGGUUCCUAAAAAUGUGGAAGUGCUUCCUCUUCUGAUGAUUCACGGAUGGCCCGGCUCCGUGCGAGAGUUUUAUGAGGCCAUUCCUCUCCUCACCCGCCAGACAGCUGGUUACAACUUCGUGUUUGAACUGAUCAUCCCUAGUAUACCUGGUUAUGGAUUUUCAGACCCUGCAGUCAGACCUGGCUUAGGUAUGCCCCAAGUGGCCGUAAUUUUCAGAAACCUGAUGAACAGGUUGGGUCAUAAGAAGUAUUACGUGCAAGGAGGCGAUUGGGGUGCAGGCAUCGUCAGUACAAUGUCAACUCUCUUCCCCGAAGACAUUCUGGGACACCAUUCCAAUAUGCUGUUUACUCAGCACACGUGCGCCACGGUAAGGACAUUCGUUGGAGCCUUCUUACCUUCCCUCAUAAUUGAAGAACAUCUAGCGAGCAGGAUAUACCCUCUGUCUUCAUUCUUCGCUUAUGUAUUGGAGGAAUUCGGCUACAUGCACAUACAGGCCACCAAACCUGAUACAGUUGGUGUACCUCUAUCAGAUUCCCCCGCCGGUCUUUUGGCUUACAUCCUCGAGAAGUUCUCCACAUGGACCAAGAAGGAGUACAAGUUUAAGGCGGACGGUGGUCUUAGCAACAGGUUCACAAAAGACCAGCUCAUUGACAACCUCAUGAUCUACUGGUCUACCAACUCCAUCACAACUUCGAUGAGGUUCUACGCUGAGAACUUCUCCCACAAAAUUAUGUCGUUGAAUUUGGACCAGAUCCCAACAGACGUGCCGACAUGGGGUCUCCAGGCCAAAGAAGAAUUGUUUUAUCAACCACCAGCUGUUCUAAGCGCUAAGUUCAAAAACCUGAUUGGAACGACGGUGCUUGAUGAUGGUGGACAUUUCCUGGCAUUUGAACUGCCUCAGGUGUUUUCCGCAGACGUGUUCAAAGCAGUGAAGGCGUUCAAAGAAUGGCACCAGGCAAAUAAGAAGACUGAGUUGAAGCCGGCCGGUGGACCCGGCAGUUAUAGAUACACCGUCUUCAGUGACAGUCGCGUCACCUUCACACCGGUCCAGUCUUUGUUUACCUUUACACGAAAUAUGGCGCGCCUGCUGUUUGUUGCGCCUAUUCUGGCGUUGUCAAUAAUGCCAGUAUACUACUUGUUCCUAAAAGGACCUCCUUCACUACCGGACUUAGAUACGAACGAAUGGUGGGGUCCAGAGAAGCUAAAAGAAAAAUCAGACACCAGUAUAAAACCAUUUAAAAUCAGUUUCGACGACGUGGCCAUAAAAGACUUAAAAGACCGUCUCAAAAUGUCUCGGUCUUUCACUCCUCCUCUGGAAGGGGUAGCGUUUGAGUAUGGCUUCAACACGGCUCAGCUAGACAGCUGGACGAAGUACUGGGCUAAUGAGUACAAGUUCAAGGAGAGGGAAACAUUCCUCAAUCAGUUCCCACAGUUCAAAACCAACAUUCAGGGUCUUGAUAUCCACUUCAUCAGGGUUACGCCGAAGGUGCCUGCUGGAGUAGAGGUUGUACCACUACUUCUCCUCCACGGAUGGCCCGGCUCUGUCAGGGAGUUCUACGAAUCAAUUCCUCUCAUCACGGCAGUCAGUAAGGACCGCGACUUCGCUGUGGAAGUCAUUGUUCCAAGUUUACCUGGUUAUGGAUUCUCUGAUGCUGCAGUUCGACCCGGCCUGGGAGCCCCACAAGUAGCGGUAGUUAUGAAGAAUCUAAUGAAAAGACUGGGAUACGAGAAGUUCUACCUCCAGGGCGGUGAUUGGGGCAGUCUUAUUGGCAGCAAUAUGGUCACUCUCUUCCCUGAUGACAUUUUAGGUUUCCACACCAAUAUGGCAAUAACGAUGUCUCCUCUCGCCUCGUUCAUAGAACUCGUUGGUUCCCUUCGCCCUUCCCUUGUGGUGGAAGAACGCCUCGCAGACAGAAUGUACCCUCUGAAGAAGAGAUUCUCCAAUUUACUUGAGGAAACUGGAUACAUGCAUAUUCAGUCCAGCAAACCUGAUACUGUUGGUAUCGGUCUUUCCGACUCACCAACCGGUCUUCUGGCAUACAUCUUGGAGAAGUUUUCCACAUGGACGCGACCCGAACAUCGUCAGAAACCUGAUGGUGGUCUAACCUUCCGUUUCUCAAAAGACCAGCUGCUUGACAACCUGAUGUUUUACUGGGCUCCUAAAUCCAUCACCACCUCUAUGAGGCUAUAUUCUGAGACCUUCAACUCGAAGGUUAUGGGGAUGAAGCUUGAUGAAAUCCCAACCACUGCUCCAGUUUGGGUGGCUCAAGCAAAAUAUGAAAUGGCAUACCAACCUCCUUUCCUUCUAAGGUUGAAGUUCAAAAACCUGGUUGGUGUCACAGUCCUGGAUGAUGGAGGGCAUUUCUUGGCCUUCGAACUGCCCAAGGUCUUCUCGGAAGACGUUUUGAAGGCGCUAGGAGAGUUCAGAAAGGUGGCCAAGAAGAAUGUGAAGACUGAUUUGUAAUUUUAGUUUGGAAAUUGUAUAUUUUGUACAGAUAUUUUUGUUUUAUAAAGAGUUGCUUUUAAAA